AUGGGGCGAAAAGAUGCAAAUCUUGCCGUUGACAGCAUAGAAUUGCAGCCUCAAGUGAGGUCAAGGAAUAGUACAUCGAGUACGAGGUAUAUGGAAGGAACAGAAGUGACAGCAAGCGAAAAUCCUUAUGAUGAAAGACUUACUGAGAAUGAAGAUGUAGAUUAUUAUCCAGAUGUUUCACACCACGGACGUCAUACAGCAAUUCCGACGUUUGAUGACAGUGUGGAAGAUGACUUUAGUAUCCAGAAAGACUCUGGGUGGAAGGAGAGGCUCCGAAAAUACAUUCAUGGUGGAAAGAUCAAGUUGCUGAUAGUAAUUGGUGCAGGGAUGAUUACCGUCUGCUUGUUGGCAUAUACACUUAUAGCGUAUGGAGGUGAUAGCGAGUCGAGUAAUGAAAACUCGACACAUGACAGUACCGGGCUUAUUGGAGGAAUUAGCAGCGGUUCAGAAAAGGUGAAUAAGUAUAAAGAUGACAGCAGUUUUGUCUCGUUGACACCAGCGUUUGGAGAAAGUGAUCUUCUGAUGAAGAAAAACCUAACGAUGCAAGAUUUCCGGAUGGGUAUGUACUAUCCGUUUGAAUUUGACGCCGAGUUUGUUGAUGUGGAUGGAAGCGGUAUUAAGGUCAGGAGCGAAAGUGACAAGGCAAACGCUGAGAAUACUGAUUCUGGAUUUUAUAUACACAGAUCAGGAUCCGUCUGGGUUCUAAAGAAAGCAAAUGACAGCAGCUUUGAAAAGAAGUUUCUUGAUACCAAGAGCAUAAAGUUUGAGGAUAAAGGGGUUUAUGUGGGUCUUGUUUCAGUGGACAAGAACCUCAAGAGAGCACUUGUGUAUUCUGAUUUCGAAUCCGGUUUCCGGCACUCGUCAAAAGCGAAAUAUUGGAUAGUUGACUUGGACUCUUUGAAGCCGGAGCCUGUCUACAAGCUUGAAAAUGGGCAUGUUGCAAAACUUUCAUAUGCAACUACAUCCCCGGAUUUCAAUUAUGUGACGUUUGUCUACGAGAGCAACGUGUAUAUUCGAGAUUUGAGGCAGAAGAGUGUUCUUUCUGUCACGCAGGAUGGUUCCAAAGAUAUUUUCAAUGGAAAACCGGACUGGGUGUAUGAAGAGGAAGUGCUUGGAACGGGAGAUACUAUCUGGUGGUGUCCAGAUGAGUCAAAGUUUGCAUUUUUGACACUCAACGACACUCAGGUGGACGACUAUCAGCUCGAAUUUUUCAAGGAUCUGAAAUAUCCACAAAUCGAGAGAAUCAAAUAUCCGAAGGCCGGCGAGAAGAAUCCAAUUGCAAGUAUUCACGUGUACGAUGUGCAGCAGGGAAUAGUCAGCACUGUUGGGCAUGAUGGAAGUAAGUUGGGUGAUGACUACCUUGUUUACUCGAUGAAUUGGAUCACCGGAAACGAACUUUUAGUUAAGGAAACUGACAGAACAAGCCGAACUGUCGAUAUGAGACUCUACGAUGUGGAAAAUGAUGUCAGCAAGAUUGUCAGAACUAUAAAUACCGCAGAAUAUGGCGGAUGGUACUAUGGAUCAGAUAUUAAAGGUCGGAUUUUCUCGGUUCCGCAUGAUCCCGGUUAUAUUGAUGAUAUCGUUGUCAAUAAUCACAGUCGACUUGCUUAUUUUGCGAGUAGCACAUCCACAAAACCGCAAAAUGUGCUUGGUGGCACCUCUGGUAACUGGGAAACUAUUGGAGGUGUUGUUGGAUACAACAAAGAGAAAAGACUUGUUUAUUUCAUAGGUACAGGUGGUUCAUCCGUGCAAAGAAUUAUAUAUGAAGCGAAAUUAGAUGGAGAUGGGGGUUUCCGGGCGUUUUCAGAUACUGAUAAAAUCGAAAACUACCAAGUAAAGUUUUCAUCUAGUGCUCAGUACGCUUUACUGAGGUAUGAGGGACCUAACUUCCCAUGGCAGCGUGUAGUGGAUGUUGCAAAGUGGUUUGGUGUUGAUCAAGAGCAGUAUAGGAAUGAUAAAAGCGAUUUUCACGAGUCGAAAGAAGUAUAUGACGCAAUGAGGGACUAUUCUGCACCAACGAAGACCUUUGAAAAGAUUAAAAUGGAUGAUGGCACGGAAAUUGAGAUGGUGGAAGUCCGACCAGCAGCAUUUGAUGUACAGAAGAAGUACCCGUUGCUUGUAAGUGUGUAUGGGGGUCCGGGACUUCAGAAAUUACAGUGUUCAUUUAAUUACGGCUUUGAGGAGGUUGUUUCAUCAUCUUUAGGAGCUGUUAUCCUCUAUAUUGAUCCACGAGGAACUGGAGGUCGUGAUUGGAGGUUUCAAUCCUAUGCAAGAGACAAAUUGGGCUAUUGGGAGCCACGAGAUGUGACUGAUGCGGUUAAAAAAGUGAUUGAAAACAGAGGAUACAUUGAUGCAGAUAGAACUGCAGUCUGGGGGUGGUCAUAUGGAGGAUUCACAACUCUAAAAACGCUGGAAUAUGAUAAGGGAAGUACGUUCAAAUAUGGUAUGGCAGUUGCUCCAGUUACGGACUGGAAACUUUACGAUUCAGUGUAUUCAGAAAGAUAUAUGGGCCUCCCAGGCAAAAAUGCGAAUUAUGACUCCACUUCCAGGGUUGUUGAUGUGGAGUCUUUCAAGACGGUGAAAAGAUUCUUGAUUAUGCAUGGAACCGGUGAUGAUAACGUUCACGUGCAGAAUACAUACCGGUUACUCGAUAGAUUCAAUAUACAAAGCGUGGAAAAUUAUGACAUGCGUAUUUUCCCAGACUCGGACCAUAAUAUCAACUAUCACAAUGCUUAUAAGAUUGUCUUCGAUAAGCUAUAUGAUUGGCUAGAUAGGGCUUUCCGAGGAGAAUAUGCCAACUUUUGA